GUGUUAAAACCCCGAGAUAAUCAAAAGUACGGAUGUACUUCAACGCAACUGUGACUUUUGCACCCGGAACAACAACAUUGACGGAUGUAGUUCAUGUUAGCUAAACUAUUCCAGCGUUCCGAUUAGUUUAGAACCCCACAUUUGUUUUGAACUGCAGUUUUUGUAAAUCCAGACUUCCUCCAUGGGUUCAGCCGCUCGGUUGAGACUCUUCAUUAACCGAAACAGACCUUUGAUCCUCGAUGGGGGUUUAGCAACCGAGUUGGAAGAACACGGGGCACAAAUACAGGGAGAUCCUCUGUGGAGUGCCAGACUUUUGGACACGAAUCCCCAGGCCAUAAAAGAUGCUCAUCACAGGUUCCUCCUGAGUGGGGCAGACGUUAUCACCACGGCCACGUACCAGGCGAGCGUCCAGGGUUUUGUAACCCACCUGGGCAUGAGCGCCGAACGGGCCAGGGAGCUGCUGAUGUCUGGGGUUCAUCUUGCCAGAGAGGCGGUGAAGAAAUCUGGCUCUGGGAAUACAGGCCCCUUGGUGGCGGGCUCUAUUGGAUCAUAUGGAGCUUAUCUGCAUGAUACGUCGGAGUACACCGGGACUUUUGCAGAGAAGAUGACUGUUGACGAGCUAAAAGACUGGCAUCGGCCGCAGGUUGAGGGCUUAUUAGCAGCUGGAGCUGACCUCCUGGCCUUUGAGACAAUCCCGAGUAUCAAAGAGGCUAAAGCUGUGGUGGAGCUGCUCACAGAGUUCCCAGACUCCAGCGCCUGGCUGUCCUUCUCCUGUAAGGACGAAAAGCACAUUUCAGAUGGCUCCCCCUUCGCGGAGGCUGUGCAGGUCGCCAGCAGGUCGGCACAGCUGCUCGCCGUGGGAGUCAACUGCUGCUCCCCAACGGUGGUGGAGCCGCUCCUGGACUCUGCCAGCUCUCAGCUGAGCCCAGACAUGAGCUGGGUGGUGUACCCCAACAGUGGCUGGGAGUACGACUCCGAGCAGGGGUGGCAAGCUCGAGGGCAGUCCUCCAUAUGGAUUCCUGAGCUGAGCCGCAGAUGGGUGCAGCAGGGUGCUGCUCUGAUAGGUGGAUGCUGCUGCAUCAGUCCUGCUGAAAUCGCAGAGUUAAGGAAAGUCUUAAAAGGAACGACCACAGGACAGCCUUAAGUAGAACUUCAGUGACAGCUGCUCUCUGGACCUAGACAGGAUCGGAAAAGGCAGAAGAAGAUGUUACAAAAGACUUUGACAACAAAUGAGACAGUUGGGAAAAGAAAACAUGAAAAGGUCAAAUCACAAAAUUAUGAAAGAGGAUUAUGGUCAUGGAGAAAAAAUUAGGAGCAAUAAGAAAUUCUGACUAAUCUCAGAAUUCUGAAUGUAAACUCAGUCAGAAUUCUAAAAAUAAAGUCAGAAUUUCCCUUUGGCCUUUCUUUAUGACCCUAAUCCUCUUCUUUAUGUACAAAACCAACAUCUUAUCAGAGCUUUACAUCCCUAAAUCUGAAGUAAAUUAAAUGUAAAAACAUGUUUAUUUACACAUCGAGUGUAGGAGUGAGUUUAUUAAAGAAGGUAAAGCACCUCCAUGUUUGAAGAUCUUGACUGCUCAGACUGUCAGGAUCUGUUUGCAGUACAGAAGCUGUUUUUUGAUAUUCUGCCUUUUUUGAAGUUUCAUUUGUGUUUCCAAAACUAAAAGCGGCAUUUCAGUGUUUCUAUUACAAAUAAAACUAGCAUCAGUUUUCAUUCUGAAGUAUCGAGGUUAUCAAAUAUUUGCACUGACAAUUGUAUUUUAACAAUGUCUGUUUCUGUUAAAAAAAACACAGUCAGCUGAACAGAUGAGCAGCAGAACCUUUUUACAACAGGAGGUUGUGAGGUUAAAUCCAAGCAGUGCCUUAUUUGUUGUUCUUGCUAGUUAAAUGUUUUUAAUAUUGAUGAUUAAAUAAAAGGUUAAUAUUAUUUAAAAAUUCUGAUUUAAGGAAGAUUUAUUUUUUAUGUUUUAUCUGUGAAAUUGUUGCAAUAAAUUGUUGUAAUAAAUUAAAUCUUUACAUUGAUGCCAAAGCCUAUUAAAAACCUUCAAACUGCGA